AAGAGUUAAUAAACUACAUAUUCCAGACAGGUUUACUCUUCCCAUAAUCCUUUGAAACAGGAAACACGUUUGUUUUGGUUUGGUGGACCGCGGGCUGCAAUGAAGCGUGUGACUCGUCACGAUUGCGACGAUGCCCCUAUACCCGAGGAGCAGGAGACUGAGGGGCAGAGGCAACUCCACAGCCUGCUCCUUCAACAACUCGACACUGGUGUCGACAUCGAUCGCUGCUUUGCUAAGAAGCAAUGCUUUGCUCCAGCUGCUUUCUACAAACCCUUUGGGGAGCAGGCAGCAGGAGUGAAGAGCCUGUCACAGUUCCAAGCCCUGCAAGGCAAAGAGACGGAGCUGGCCAACUUGAGAGACCUGGGGCUCACUGAUGCCGAGAUUAAGCUGUGGAAGAAAAGGGACAUACCUGAGGCAGUUUCUUCAGCAUCUGAAAAGGUCCGAGGGGUGUGUGUGGAUCCUGCAGCGAGGUGUGAGCGGCUCCAAGUCAUCCAAGAGAAGAUUGACGCCCGUGACCGUCUUCUGGCCCGCCCUCAGCGUCUGUCCGCCAGCCGGCCGCUCUCACGGAGAGAGAUGGAGAUUGAACGGGCACUAUUCCGAGGCAGCGAUCGACAGGGAUUCCUCACUGCCCUCUACCAUCAAGAGGAGGAGACAGAGUCUGACCAGCCAGGGUCUUCAGUACCAGACACCAUGGCCAUGCUUUAUAAGGACUUCCUAAAGGAGGCAGGAAAAGAAGAGCCAGCCAAACCAACAAGUCACAAAAGCACAACGGAAGACCACUGUCCGGUCUCAAACAGCAGCCACUCUCAGUCUUCUCAUAACAUCUUGUCACAUGGGUCUGUUGACAAGAGAGACCAACCACCUCCACACAGCAGCCAGGAGUCCUGUUCUGUAUGGGUGGGUGUGACGGAUAGAUGUGCAGACCAAUCAUCAUAUAUUCAGAACAGUUCAGCCAGCCAGCCACAGAAUCAGGACAACCAAAAGACAAACCAGGUCUCAGCUUUAAACAGGAGAAUGGAUGUGAGCCAGUCAAUUGGUGCUUUGCUUUCUCCAACAAAUACCGGGUCACAACUCAAUGGGCCAAUGACAGUCACUGGCCAAGUGGAGCUUAUCCCUGAGGAGGAAAUCCUGAAGAACAAGGAGACAGAGGAGGGAAUCAGAAGCAUUCCUCGCUUCCAGAACUACCAGCAAGGAGAGCCAUCUAAUGUGCUGUGUGUGAAGAACCUUAGUCCACGGGCGACUGUGGCACAGCUUGUGUCCAUUUUCUCCCGGUUCCAGCACCCUGACCGGCCGCCCAUUCUCUACCGCCUCCUCACAGGAAGGCUGAAGGGACAGGCCUUCAUCUCCCUCUCAGAUAAGGACAGUGCACAAGCAGCUUUGGGACUCUUGCAUGGCUAUCGGCUUCUGGACAAGCCACUGGUGAUUGAGUUUGGCAGAGAAAAGAAGGAUUGUAAGGCGGACAGAAAGAUACAAGACUCUAAGGAGCAGCCCAACAUACACAACUUGGACAAGAAGGAAGUUAUGCCAGAUGCUCCGAUAUGACUGGUAGCAGACAUAUUGAUUGAUUUACUUUAUGGAACUGAAACAAGGGAAUAGCAACCCUAUCUUGUAUGUUCCAUGUAUAAAAUGUGUAUAAUCAUAAGCAUAAUUUAUAUCUUUGGUUUACCUUUUAAACAAGUAUUGCUUUUUUUAUUGUACUUUAAAAAUUAAUU